ACUAUUAAGACCAGACUAGGCUCAGUUUUUAGGCUUUAAAAGUUAAAAAAUGAAUUUAAAAAGGGCGUGGCUGUAAAAUAUGGAAUAAUUUUGUGGGGGUGACAGUGUCAAAACCUGUGGUGGUUGACGUGAAACUUUCACUCGGACUCCAGUAUGUGUGUGUGUGCGCGCCAGCGGAGUUUCCUGUGAGUGCGCACAGAGAAUCCGAGGCUGUUACAGUACAUAGGAAAUGACUCAUAGGAGUUGAACUGUUAGCGUGGGUGUGUGCGCUAUUAAAACAAGGCGCAGACUCCUGCGGGUGACUCACUCUCUCUCUCUCCCUCUCUCCCUCUCUCCCUCUCUGAUGCUCUCUUUUCCAUGCUGAAAAGCUGAGCAGGAAUUGUUAAUCAGAUGAACUUUCGGGAAUCGUGAGUACUCCACAGCAGAGGCAGCGGUUCUCCCACCAACACCAUGGCUUCUCCUGACGCUCUCUGCGCGCUCUGCGGACUCUUCAUCGCGGCUCUCACCCAUCUCCAAGCCGUUAGCGCACAGAAAAGUCAGUGUGGCAGUUCAGAGUUUUGGAACUCAGAUUCGGACAGGUGUGUUCCCUGUUCAAUAUGCAAGCAGUACCCAAAGACUCCAUCGUGCAACACAUGUACACCUCCAGAUGACACUCCAGACGUGUGGAAACUAGCAGCCAUCACCAGCUUCUCAGUGCUAGCUGUCGUCCUCAUUGGUGCAGCAUUGAUCAUCGGGGUCAUGGUGCAUCGACGCAACUCUCACCAACGACCUCUACGUGAACCCAUCGAAGAAACCGCUGGGCCACUUUAUCAAGCUUAAACAUUUAACCUCAUCCUCCUCUGGAAACAGAUAUGACAGAACCUAGACUGGCACAGAGCUGGACGCAGGAACCUCUGGACCAUGAAGUGUGAACUCUGACUGACAGCAGAGUAUCUCCUGACCAGAACCAGGCCUUUUUUGUUUUUUUAUUUAUUUAACUGUUUUUGGCGAAGGGAUGUGCUCAGUUCUCGUACUCGGUGUAGGAUCCUGGACUGACCAACAGGACCUGUGCUGAGCAGCUCUCACACCUCUGUAGAACAGGUGACUUACUUCUGUAGCGUGGUAGCAUUUUUAGACUUUAAGUGCCUUUUAUUUGUCAUAUAAAAAAAAAAGAAGAAAUCUUACCAGGAUUGCAGUUCUGUUCCUGUUUUGUGUCGUGGUGUUUCAACAGCAGGAACCCAAUGAAUGUAACCCAAACUACUGCUGCCUGCUGUGCUGCAGCCCCAUCCCAUGACUUGGUGCUGGGUCAAACUGGGUCUCUGCUGGUAACUUACCACAACAACCUCUUCAGACACACCACAUGUGAGUGAGACAAACAGGUGGGCACAUUAAGGCCGUUUGAAUGUAGCUUAUUUUAGGUGAACUAUCUCCCAGCCUGACUUCCUGUCAGUACUUACAUGUACAUGUUCUUCUUGGUGGUCCAUGAUUAAUGUGGCUUCAGGGAGCGUCAGGUCUUACACACACCUGUCGAAAAUAUAUUGUUUAGAUGUCAUUAAAACAGCAUUUAAACAAUUGAAAACUCCAUUUGUCUUUCCGUCCCAUAAUUUAACAGACAAGUCGCCGGCAACACUAGACACAGAUCCCACACUGCUAGCACACACUGUGUGUGGAAGUUAAUAUUAAAUGUAUUGUAGUAAAAGUAUUUGCACCUGGGGUGUUUAAGGUGGAGCUACGCGAUCGUGACGCUCGCUAACUAAUGGCGUGUCAUUAACUUGUGUUUUGCAACAUGGCAGACAGAACAGAAAAAAGAAAAUCCUUUUUGGAGUCUGUUUGUAAUUUUGUGGCCAUCCAAACCAGUGAGAACAUGGUGGGCAGAAUUGUUUUCCACUUUUUUUUAGUACAAAAUGUGUGUUUUCUAAUCUUUAAUCUCCAGGCCGCAACACAAAAAUGAUGUGGUCGCUAAGAAUUCUUGUGAUAUUUUGUUGCUGACAAAUGUUUCAGGUCUGGUCUCUGAUCUGUCUGCUUUGGGUAAAACUGCUGCCCUCUGGAAGCAAAAAUGAAUGAUUCACUUAAGACACAGAUGUCUUCUUUUUUUCCUUGAAAAUAGAUGUCUAUAUUAUUUAUUUGUGAGCAACUCGCAGUCUUCGGUUGCAACAACUGUGAGGGACAAGCACAUUUUCUUCUCUCAGAGGGACUCCAGUAAAGAUAGGCCAGACAUGGAUGUUACUGAGCAUUACCUAAUAGUUUCUGCCUUUUCCUCUAAUGCUAAUGUCUUACCUGUAUAUACUGUACAUGCACUGGCUUCUUGUACCUACUGCCAUCCUAUAGGCUGCUUUGUGUACCAAAAGUAUUUUCACAAUAAAACAGACAAUUUAACAAAA